AUGCCCUCAAUCACUCUCAGCCUACGGACGGUUGGACAUUUGGCCAGAAAUGGCUCCAAGAUCAACAAGGUCUACUCAUCAGCUGAAGAAGCCAUUAGCGAUGUCAAAGGCGACUCCACACUUCUCUGCGGCGGCUUUGGCCUAUGUGGUGUACCAGAUACUCUGAUCAAUGCCGUCAAGAACAAGCCCUCGAUCAAAGGAUUGACUGCCGUGUCAAACAACGCUGGUAUCGUUGGAUCUGGUCUUGGUCUACUUCUUGAAUCCAAGCAGGUCAAGAAGAUGAUUGCCAGCUAUGUAGGAGAGAACAAGGUCUUCGAGAAGAUGUAUCUCACUGGCGAGAUUGAGCUAGAGCUCACACCACAAGGAACACUUGCCGAGAGGUGUAGAGCAGGCGGCGCUGGUAUACCCGCUUUCUUCACACCAGCAGCCUUCGGAACUGUUGUCCAGACUGGAGAACUCCCUACAAUGCACAACAGCGACGGAUCAGUCGCUCAAUACUCAACACCCAGAGACGUCAAAGUGUUUGACGGCAAGAGCUAUGUCAUGGAAGAAGCAAUCAAGGGCGACUACGCCUUCAUCAAGGCAUGGAAGGCAGACAAGCUAGGCAAUCUCAUGUUCAGAUUCGCAGCACAGAACUUCAAUGGCGCUAUGGCUCGCAACGCAAAGGUCACUAUUGUCGAAGCCGAGCACAUCGUUGAAGUUGGCGAGAUCGACCCAGCAGCAGUACACGUUCCUGGAAUCUAUGUCGACCGAGUCAUUCAAAGCAAAGAACCUAAGAACAUCGAGAAAGUGGUCAACGCGAAAGACCCAGCCGAAGCCCUCAACGCUCUCGGCAGUGGUGACGCUGCAAGCAAGCGCGAGCGUAUCGUUCGACGAGCAGCCAAGGAAUUCAAGAACGGAAUGUAUGCCAACUUGGGUAUUGGUAUGCCAAUGAUGGCACCAGCUUUCGUUGACGACAGCAUCGAGGUCCAGCUCCAAUCUGAGAACGGUAUCCUAGGUUUGGGAGCAUACCCUCAGAAGGGCCAAGAAGAUCCAGAUCUUAUCAAUGCUGGUAAAGAGACUGUUACACUGCGUCCUGGUGCCGCAGUCUUUGGCUCUGAUGAGUCGUUUGCUAUGAUCCGCGCUGGCAGGAUCCACAUGACUAUGCUUGGAGCUAUGCAAGUAUCGGCCAGAGGAGAUCUAGCAAACUUCGCUAUGCCAGGAAAGAUCAAGGGAAUGGGAGGUGCGAUGGACCUGGUGUCCAACCCCGANAAAACGAGAGUCGUUGUGACAAUGGAGCACACCGACAAGAAGGGCGGACCCAAGAUCAUGAAAAUGUGCGAGUUCCCGUUGACCGGCAAGGCGUGUGUUUCGAGAAUCAUCACAGAGUUGGCUGUGUUCGAUGUCGACUUCACAACAGGAUUGACAUUGAUCGAGCACGCGGAGGGAGUCACUGUUGAGGAGAUCAGAUCGAAGACGGAGGCGCCAUUUAAGGUGUCAGAGUCAUUACAAGUCAUGCAGCAAUAA